GCAGAAAUUAAAAAUGGCGGCCAGUCGGAAAGUUGUGUUUAAAAACUUUAUUUGAAUCCUUUAAUCCUUUGCGCUUUUAAUAUGAUGGAUUUACCAAAGGAAAAUGCAAGCUACAAGCUAAAAGAGUACUGGGACACGCGUUUUUUAAAAGAAGAAACAUUUGAGUGGUGCAAAAGCUAUGGUGAUUUUAAAGAUUUGCUAUGCAAGCACGUGGGAAAAAGCGAUCGCAUAUUGAUGUUAGGAUGUGGUAACAGUAUGCUCAGCGAAGAUAUGUAUAAUGAUGGAUAUAGGAAUAUUGUCAAUAUCGACUUUUCGUCAAUAGUUAUAAAUAAUAUGAAGAGGAAAUGCCAAGGCUUGGUUGACAUGGAGUGGAUUGUAAUGGACAUCACAAACAUGUCCUUUGCUCCACGUUCAUUUGAUGUUGUUGUUGAGAAGGCAACACUUGAUGCUCUUCUGGUGGAAGAAAAGGAUGUUUGGAAUCCAUCGGAGGGCACAAGGAAUACUAUGGAUUGUGUUUUGUCUCAGGUGAGGAGUUAUAACUCCUGCACAGCUUUUGAAAAUUUAAGCUUAAAUUUAAUUUUGUAUUGGACUGGACUAGAAAAACUUGACCCGAAUGGAAGGAUAAUUUGUCAUUGGAGUAACGGAGGAGUGGAAGAGGAAGCGUUUAAAUUAACUUUUAAAAUCUGAUUUUUUUGAAAAUCCCAAUAAGAAUAAUUAUUAAGACUAAUUAUUAGUCUGGAUUGGCAGAAUACCCGACUCACUCAAUAUCUAAUUUUAACAAAUCUGCUCCCACAGUCCGCAGUUGUCUGAUUUGCAAAAAAAUAUUCUGACAUCGACUGCGGGAGUGCGGAACUGCAGGAGCACUAGUAUACCGUGUCCUAUAAGCACACUAGUUACUUGACAUUGACUGCAGGAGUGUGGACUGGGGGAGCACUAGUUGUAUACCCUCUUAAUAUUAACUUAAUUCUCAGGGACUGUGGGAGUGCGGGACUGCAGAAGCGUUUUACUCACUUACAUUUUAGCAUUCAUUGACUACUGAACUGUGACACUGCGGGCCCAGCAUAAUGGACCAUGGCUGUGGGACUGGGGGAUUGAAUAAGAUAUUUUGUGGGUCGGGUAUUAGACGUAAUCGCUACUGCAAUUUUUAUCUGUCCUUUCUUCCGUGAUACGGAUGAUACAAAUGGUCAUCUUGGCCAGACAUUGUCCCUUCUCCAGCUGUUAUUUUGAGCCCACAACAGUAUGAAAAUUUAAACUGCAAUUUUCAGGGAGGUGUACGCUGAAAGAAGUACAUUUUUCUCAGGUGUUGAUUAUAGUCAUACAGUGUUAUUUUUAUCAGCCACUUUUCUUUAUUCCUUUUAACAGAUUUCCCAAGUUUUAAGACGUGGAGGACGCUUUAUUUCAGUAACAUUUUCACAACCCCAUUUCAGGAAGCCUUUCCUGGCCAAGUCACACUAUGGUUGGUCAAUUUCUAUGCAGACAUUUGGUGACUCCUUUCAUUACUUUUUCUAUGCCAUGAAAAAGGGUGAAGAAAUGAGUGAAGAUGAUAAAAAACUGGAAAUAAGUGUGAGGGAUAAAUUCAACCCUAACAAGCAGGAGAGGAGCAGUUUUGUUCAUGAACUACCAGAGGACAAAGAGAACUUUUUAUUGAACAUAGCAUUAUAGCACUUGAGGAUUUAAACACCAUUGCUACAUUCCAGGGAAAAUCUUAUUUUUGUGAAGGCUGUUAGCCUCCAAAGCAGGUGUUUUCUUUGGGCGCACGAAUGUUUUUGUCGCAAAAGUGCCAUGUUAAAACUCCAAAAGAGAGGAUGAAAUGGGGCGAGUGAAAGGAAGCAGGGGAGGGGGCGGGGAGAGAGAGGGAGAGUUGAGAGUAUUUUUUUCUCUCCCCUCCCCCUCUCCUUCUUUCACCCUAGCACCUACUCUGAGGGUUGCUCUCCCCAAUCUUCCUUUAGAGAGAGA